UAGAAAAAUCCCAACAGCGUGAAUUUAUUGCGGAAAAGGUGGGGAGAGGGAAGGAUUACGGGGGUGGCAUUAAGGCAGGAGUAUAGAAUGGAGUUUCAGUGCUUCUAACUCCUAGGAGCCCUGCCUCGCUAUCUCUAUUGUAGUAGUAGUAGUUGUAGUUGUAGUUGUUAAACCUGGGAAUUGCUAUAGCAACACUGGAAGUUUGAUGCACUGAAGGAAGUAGCCCUUGGUAAGGCUAGGUUCCACCACUCUCACCAUGGCAUCUGUAACUGACAAGUCCCUUUUAUCAGCUGAGCUGCAGGAGGAGGAGGAAAAAGAGGAGGAGGAGUUUCAGCAUCUUUUGCUCCAGGCAACCCAGAAAAUCCAGAGUGCAAUGCCUCCUCCGGCGCAGUACAAGCCCAUCCGUCCGCUCCCAGGGUUCUGCCUUAAAACCCACACAGAUUCCGGUGAGAAAGUCUUCGUCAACGUCUGCCGCUCCCCCCACAUCCCGCCGCCUCCCGACCUGACCAAUGAAGAGAUGGCGUGCCUCAUUGAGUCAGAGAACGCCUCCGACUUCCAGAUCCCUAUGAGUCUGGGGGAGCCCCACGUAGAAGUGGACAAGAGCGGCAAUGGUUGCACUGCCUACGAUGUUACCAUUAGCACCAGCUUUUUCAACAAGAUGGAGAGCAACCAAUUCCUCAAGGAAUUCUUCGUCACUGUUGCCUUGGAAGGCCUGUCAGAGAAAUACAAGAUGUAUAUCAGCCACCCAGAAUGGCGGAUCCUGAGGAACAGGAAGUUCAUGGGCUCCAUAGCGGAGCAGACCAUCCGCACGAAAUCCAAACCCAUGAUACAGGAGAUGGAUGCUAGCCAAAUCAAGGAGACAACUGGUAAUCUUCUGCAGCCAUCUGUUUCACAAAGCUCUGCCACAGUUCCUGACUUCACACUGGUCGCCGAGCCGUCAAGCAGUCACCCUGACCGUCUUGUAGCAAACAUCUGCCUCCCGAAAAUGAACUCUGUGAGAUCUCUGGAACUGGACCUCGGAGAGGAUCGAAUUGUGUUGCAGGGACACCCCAGGCUGUACCACUUGGACAUCUUCAUACCCUACAGCAUUGUCCCCGAGGAAAGUAAGGCCCAGUUCCAUAAAGGAACGAAGAUCCUAACUGUGUGGAUGCCCACUCAACGCCCCUUGCUGCUGCCAUGAGUGCGAAGGCAAAAAUCGGGAAGCACAAUAGCUUCAUCGGCUGGGGCACUGCUGCGAACUGCAUACAAAUAUCUUGUCCUGUGGACGUUGCAGCGGGAUGAAGAAUGGAGAUUGGGACCCUGGAAUGUCUGAAGAAUUUCUACACGGUUCUAGACUGGUGGGGGGAGAACUGAAUGAUCAAGAGCAGCUGUUUCUCUAGCACACAGGCUCUGUACCCACAUGCAGAGAGCAAAAUAUAUUGGAUGGGAUCCAAAACGUA